AUGUUAAUAUUAAAUAAUUUUAUUUUUAAUUUAUCUUCAAAAGAAGUUAGUAGACGGGCAUUUUCAACAAGUUCUGCUCUGGCUCAAAAUAUGUCUGGGAAAUACAAAAAUAAGGCUUGUCGUUAUUUGCGCGGAAAACCCCAAAUUAUGACUUACGACAUGUCUCGUUUACCUUCUGAUAUAGCUGUUAGUAAAUCUUGGAUGACUUGGCAUACACAAAAUUUGGAUGAUUUUAAACAACAACUAGGAUUGACUGUAGCACAAGAUGAAAUUAUUAGACGAUUUGUUCGAGCUAUUUUCUACAGUUAUUUGCCUUUAACUGUUGGGGGAACUGAGUUAAUUACUAAAAGAAGGGGAAAUGUUGUUUAUGUGACUGGUUUUCUCAUACCAAAGGGAAAUAUGGAACAAAUUUAUUGGCUUUAUGGAUUUACUGAAGAAAUUUUAUCAAAUUUAUUAAAACAGCCGGUUAAAUUAGAACUUCAAUUUAUUCGAAGUGCUGAUGAUUUAGCUGUGGAAUAUUUUGUUCAGCCAACCACCACACCUUAA